AUGGACCUCCACACCGCCGUGUACAAUGCCGCCCGCGACGGCAAGCUGCAGCUCCUUCAGAAGCUGCUCAGCGGCCGGAGCCGGGAGGAGCUGGAAGAGCUGACGGGCGAGGUGGCCAGCGGGGGUACGCCGCUGCUCAUCGCCGCCCGUUACGGCCACCUGGACGUAGUCGAGUACCUGGUGGACCGGUGCGGCGCUAGUGUGGAGGCGGGCGGCUCGGUGCACUUCGAUGGCGAGAUCAUCGAGGGCGCGCCGCCGCUGUGGGCCGCCUCGGCCGCCGGCCACUUGGACGUGGUGCGGAGCCUGCUGCGCCGCGGGGCCUCGGUGAACCGCACCACGCGUACCAACUCGACGCCUCUGCGCGCCGCCUGCUUCGACGGGCACCUGGAGGUGGUGCGCUAUUUGGUGGGCGAGCACCAGGCGGACCUGGAGGUGGCCAACCGGCACGGGCACACGUGCCUCAUGAUCUCCUGUUACAAGGGCCACCGCGAGAUCGCCCGCUACCUGCUGGAGCAGGGCGCCCAGGUGAACCGGCGCAGCGCCAAGGGCAACACAGCCCUGCAUGACUGCGCCGAGUCCGGCAGCCUGGAGAUUCUGCAGCUGCUGCUCGGCUGCAACGCCCGCAUGGAGCGUGAUGGCUACGGCAUGACACCGUUGCUGGCGGCCAGCGUGACGGGCCACACCAACAUCGUGGAGUACCUCAUUCAGGAGCAGCCUGCUGGGGACGAGCAGGCGCAGCCCGGGCUGGCCAGGGCGCAGCCCCAGGGCGCCCGCUCGUCCCCCGAGGAACCCCCGAGCGGUGAAUCGUACGAGAGCUGCUGCCCCACCAGCAGGGAAGCCGCCGUGGAAGCCUUGGAGCUGCUGGGAGCCACCUACGUGGAUAAGAAGCGGGAUCUGCUCGGGGCCCUGAAACACUGGAGACGGGCCAUGGAGCUGCGGCACCAGGGGGGCGAGUAUCUGCCCAAACCGGAGCCCCCGCAACUUGUCCUGGCCUAUGACUACUCGAGGGAGGUGAACACCACCGAGGAACUGGAGGCGCUCAUCACCGACCCGGAUGAGAUGCGAAUGCAGGCCCUGCUGAUCCGAGAGCGCAUCCUGGGUCCUUCCCACCCAGACACGUCCUACUACAUCCGCUACCGGGGCGCAGUGUACGCCGACUCGGGCAACUUCGAGCGCUGCAUCCGCCUGUGGAAGUACGCACUGGACAUGCAGCAAAACAAUUUGGAGCCUCUGAGUCCCAUGACGGCCAGCAGUUUCCUGUCCUUCGCCGAACUCUUCUCCUACGUGCUCCAGGACCGCUCGGCCAAGGGCAGCCUAGGCACGCCCAUCGGCUUCGCAGACCUCAUGGGGGUGCUGUGCAAAGGGGUGCGGGAAGUGGAGCGGGCCCUGCAGCUGCCCAAGGAGCCCGGGGACUCGGCGCAGUUUACCAAGGCCCUGGCCAUCAUCCUCCACCUGCUCUACCUGCUGGAGAAGGUGGAGUGCACGCCUGACCAGGAGCACCUGAAACACCAGACAGUCUACCGGCUGCUCAAGUGCGCCCCCCGCGGCAAGAACGGCUUCACCCCUCUGCACAUGGCCGUGGAUGCAGAGACCACCAACGUGGGCCGCUACCCGGUGGGCAGGUUCCCCUCCCUGCAGGUAGUCAAGGUGCUGCUGGACUGCGGGGCCGACCCGGACAGCCGGGACUUCGACAACAACACCCCACUGCACAUCGCAGCACAGAACAACUGCCCGGGCAUCAUGAAUGCCCUGAUUGAGGCCGGGGCCCACAUGGACGCCACCAACGCCUUCAAGAAGACGGCCUACGAGCUGCUGGACGAGAAGCUGCUGGCCAAGAGCACCAUCCAGCCGUUCAACUACGUGACCCUGCAGUGCCUUGCAGCCCGCGCCCUGGACAAGAACAAGAUCCCCUACAAGGGCUUCAUCCCUGAGGAGCUGGAGGCCUUCAUUGAGCUGCACUGA